AGUACCGGGGUACCCCGGACUCCAACAUCCCGCUGUGUCCGGGGAUCCCGGUGCCACGCGGUGUGGACACUGCAGAAGGCCUAGGCAAGUUUCAGCCAGGCCUUUUCUCAGGUUCUGAGUCUUCUUCUCAGCUCCGGCCUGGAUUUUUCCCAGGGUGACAGCUUUCUUGCAAAUAGAAAGGAAUUAAUAAACAUAAGAUUAGCACCCUGUGUAGACCGUGGGACAGUGCAUGAUGUACAUGACAUGGGAUGUUUUCUCCUAUUGUCCAAUAUCCUGCUGUCCCGUUUGAGAUUCACGAACAGUUCCAUAAAUAUAGGUCAGGUUUUAAUAAAGCGUUUUUUUCCUUCCACCCAAGAAGUGUGUUGCUAUUAUUUGCCGCUCGUAGUAAACAGCGACACGUGGUGUCCUGGAUCCCGGUGUCCCGCCACCCUGGUGUUCGUAGUCGCCCAGUGCCCCGUGUCCCCGGUCCCAGUGUCCCAGUGUCCCGGUAUGUCGCGGUAUGUCCCGAUAUCGCGCUGUAUCCCGAUAUCCCGCCGUGCCGUUGUCCCGGCCGCAGGGCGCACGCGCGGGUCAGGCGGCGCAUGCGCCUGGCGCGCCGCCCCCGGAGCGGUACCGCGCAGCGCCGGCAGGGGGCGGUGCCCGCAGGCCGCGCCGCCCGCGCGCUCUGUCGCGACCUGUCGCGACCUGCGGGGGACCAGGCGCGGGGCCGCGGGCCGGGACAUGGCGGCGCGGCGGGGCGGCCGGGCUCGGAGCCGGACUCCCCCUGGCAGGAAGGAAAAGACUGUUGAACAGUCAGUAAUUCCAGAAGAGCCCGAGCCUGAACCUGAACCUGAGCCUGUUCCAUAUGUCCUGCAAGGAGAGGAUAUCCAGGCACUUGAAAUUAAGGUGGAGGACCUGGAGAAACUCCAUGCUCCACGCCUUCCCCAUGGUGCUGAGAGCAUUCCAGUCCAGAGGAGUUACCUUGUCCGAAAAUACCGACCCAAGGAGGUGACACAUCUCGUAGCACAUCCUGUUCCCCCCAAGGCACCCAGGGGACCACUCACUUUUCCUGUACCAAGACAGUUUGAUGAUGGCUCUGAAGAGAUCCUCCCUCAUCACAUUUUGGGAAGUCUCCAGGAGUUAAAGAUGGAAGCCUUGGCUAGAAAAAACACUCAGCUAGCAGAUGCUAUUAAGGUUCCUCAUCCAGAUGUUACUGCAGCAGUUUUAAAAGAGGAACAUGAAGAAAAGAAGAAAGUAAAGGCACGUCAGGCCCAACCAGCAGAGCACAAAGCUUUCCAGAACUGGAGCCAUCAUAUGGCAAUGAGGAAAAAGCAGGAGAAACACCUAGGAGAAAUUCUUCACAAGCCAGAGAAUGAAUUGCUGAUGAACAUGUCAGACAAUUACAGGCAAAUCCAGGAAGAACGUGACCUCAUUGACCGGAGUCUCCCUGCCCUCUUUCCUGGAAAGGGGUACCGAGUGGGAAGCGAGUUCUGGAGCCUUCCUGAGCAAAUUGGGGAUGAACUCACUGGGCUGACUCUGAGCCUGACCAGGACAGAACGGGGGUACCCAGAGCCACUCACUCAUGUGGGGAAACCCCAAACCAUCCAGAAGGAAACAGGUCUGAAGCCUCCAAAGAGGAUUCCUUGCCACCUAAACUGGGAUAAGAGUCUUUUCCUGAAACAUCGACGGCAGGAGCUAAAAUCUCUCCUGGAGGAGCUGGGCUUUUAUAAGCCGGAUCUGGAAGGACUGGAGGUGAUUGGGAAGGGGCAGCCUUUCACAUCUGUCUCAGCUGAGGCUUUUCGAUGUGCUUCCAUUUCUGAAGAGAUUGAGACCCUCAGUGACCCCUUUAGUAAUGAAGGUGACUCCUUCAUUGUGGUUGAAGAAGCUGAAAAGGUUCCAUCUUUAGUUUUCUGUGGCCAGCCUGCUCGUUGGAUCAAGGGCAUCACUGCUUGCAGGAAGGAAAUUGGCAUUGCUGCCCGGCUCACCUUUGAGGCUGUGACUAGUGAGAAGGUUGAAGGCUUCCUGACAGUGAUGAAUGAUGGCAUAGCUGCCAUUUGGUACAACUGGAUGAGGCUUCCUGAGCAGAUCCCCUCCAGAGAAACCAAGGGAGGGAGGAUGCCCUGUUUUUACUUUGAUACCAGACCAGGUGUAAUUUUGCCUGGAGAAUCUCAGAGGUUUUCUUUUAUUUUCAAGUCAGAGAGAGCAGGCAUUUUUAGUGAGCCCUGGGAAUUCAGGACACAUCCUCUGUUAUUAGGAGGAGCUCUGCUUCAGGUGACCCUUUGGGGAAUUGCUGUGUAUGAGGAUAAAUUCGCUGACUUCAGAGAGAAACUGGAGAGUGAGCUGGCUGCUCGAGAAGGUGCUUCUAUAGUGAGGGAAAGCCUGAAUGAAGUUAUUGACCGGAUUCGGACCCCUGUGCGCACCCCGUCUCCUGUGGAUGCCUGUGUCACAGAGGAAGAGCUGUUCCACAGGAAAAAUCCCGAGUUGCAUUAUCAGCAUCAAGUGGUAAAGCAGCUGCAUAAACUGUGGAGACAGCACCUGAGUGUGGAGGAGGAAGUGCCCUUGGAGCAGAGGAGCACUGCAGAGGACAUGGAGAGCACCUUGGAGCCUGCCUCUGCUUGGAGCAGCACCACUGAGCUCCCACGUGGGAAGCGCACAUUAGAGGAGGAAGAAGCAGGUCCUUCAGGAUGGAACCUUUCCUUCGAGGACUUUAAACAGGCUAUAAUGUCAAUCCCAGGGGAGGAGCAGCGGGAAGAAGCGCUGACCCAGCUCAAUAAGGCAGCUCUGGAGCUGUGUGUUGAACAGAGGCCAACUCAGUCAGACCUUCUGUAUCCACUCUGCCUCCAGCUGUGGCGUGGAGCAAUUGAUGACCUGGUGAGUCACUCUCUGAGACUGAGAUCCCUGCUUGGUUUGAUUAAGGAGGACACUUAUGUAGAAGCUGUUCCAGGAGAAACAGAGGGAGUAAAGCAAGGAGGAGCAAAAAGAGGAGGAAAGGAAGACAAAAUAGCUACUAAGAAAGAAGAGAAAAAGGAUAAAGAAAGCAAAAAAAGUAGACUGACAUCAGGGAAAGGGGAUUCUUCAGGUGGCAGAAAGCUGAAAGGAAAAGAAGAGAAGCAAGUAUCUUCCAUUUCACUGCAGGAUGUGAAAGGGGGAACAGAGUAUGUCAGAGGAAGAGAUGAGAAGCAGAAGGUGAAAGAGGGAGCUGCAACUACAUAUGAGGCAGAACCUGCUCAGGAGGUGGACUCUGCUUCACUUGAAAUAUAUCAGGAAAAGCUCUAUACUGAAGUUUACAGGCUGCUGGAUUCAAUGGUGAGUGAAAUGGUGUCUUUAUUUGAGGAUCUAAAGCAGUAACGUGCUCUGAAGUUGGAGUGAAGCUCUUUGUAUGUAGAAAUAGACUUGCUUUUAAAAAAUUAAAUAAAUAACCAUAUUUACA